AUGUUCGUCGCAAUACUCGCUUUUUCUCCGGAGGGUGUAGAUUGUCCUACCCAGCCAAGUGAGCUGGGGAUAGAGAGCGUGGUAUCCCAAUUUGUCGAGUACUUCACUUUAGUCAAACAACCUACUGUGGAUGAAUUGGAAAGGUCAGGAAAUUUCUUUCUUAUUGCAAGUAAGCCAGGACCGCAUCUUGUCUGUACAUAUGGGAACUUCUCCUCGAAUGCGAUAAAUGCCGGACAGUAUGAAGGGGGUCAAGGCAGCAUCAGCGACAGCCUCAUCUUCAAAUCUCUUGAUUCUUUAAUAUUCAUGAAUCAAUCACAACCAUUCAAUGUUUCUUCUACCAGAGGAACAGAUAACACGACUUCGACUUCUAUUACAAUGAGCCCAAGUAGCCACAGCACCGAGAAUGGAAGGAGCCUGCGCAAACUCAAACAGUCUAGUCGAAGACGUGAUUCAUGUAUUAUCACGCCUUAUGGUUUCACGGUCGAAGAAGAUGCGAUGGUGACUAGAGAACGUAAAGGAAACUUGCGAACAACUUCUCGUCUGCAACGCCAGUGGAUCCAUCGUCAACAGCCAGGAGAGAAGGCUCGACCGGUCCAGUCGCAACGAGAUCGCCACAGCGAUCAAACUGCCUCUCCACCUACUUCUGAUGUUGCUGAAUCCCCAGUUCAAUUAAUUUCGACCCAGGAGGUCGAGAAUCCUGCGACAGCGGAUCCGGUGCCCAUCGAAGCACCGACCAACUUAGCUGAGCAAAGUCUUCGGGUGUUGAACGCUCCUACGUACACGGAGCCUGGGUGCAUUGUGAUGCAUGUCGAUAGCGGAUGGAGACCUGCAGGUACAUCAGGACCGAGCUACGUUGAUGUACCGCCUAGUUACAAUGACGCGACAUAG